ACAUAAAAGCCAAGUGCAUGCUACCAGCAGCAGAUCAGAGCACUUUCUCAGUCCUCCACUGUUUUGAGCCAGUGAUCUUCUCUCCUUGGAUCUUGUGUACUCAAGAAAAGAAAAUGCAGAUUGUCAGAAUCCUUCAAAUUUGAUACUCAGCACUGUUAUGAUCUGUUCAUUACUGGAUGUGGAGUCUGGAUAUCAGAAUUGGUAUAGUGAAGUACUCUCCUAUUAAGCUGAGGACCAACCCAAAAUCAACAAAAAAACACCAGGCCAAACACAAUCAGGAAAUCUGUGUCUCUUAGAGUAAAAAGCAACCAACCUGUCCAUCUUCUGCCCUGUCCCAAAACCUCAAUGUGAUGGUCAUGCUGCUCUUCCCUGUGCAGCUGCUGGCAGUAGCUGCCACUGUUUACCUAGAACUGGUGAGGUCUGCUCAAGGUGGUGCCUACUAUGGGAUCAAGCAGCUGCCACCUCAGGUGCCCCAGUACCAACCCCUUGGACAACAAGUACCUCACAUGCCACUGGGCAAGGAAGGCAUCCCGAUGCAGCACCUGGGCAAGGAGAUGCCCCACAUGCCCUAUGGGAAGGAGUACCCCCACCUGCCCCAGUACAGGAAGGAGGUCCCGCAGAUGCCCAUGCUUGGCAAGGAUAUGGCUCCCAAGAAAGAGAAAGAAAUUCCCAUGCGCAGUCUGAGGGGUGAGCAAGGCCCCCCGGGCGAGCCUGGACCAAGAGGGCCACCAGGGCCACCAGGAUUGCCAGGUCAUGGUGUACCAGGAGCCAAAGGAAAACCAGGCCCACAAGGAUACCCAGGAAUUGGAAAGCCGGGUUUGCCGGGGAUGCCAGGAAAACCAGGGGUCAUGGGGCCCCCAGGGCCAAGAGGGGAGAUGGGGCCGAAGGGGGAGAUCGGGCCCAUGGGGAUCCCUGGGCCGCAAGGGCCGCCAGGGCCUCACGGGCUUCCCGGCAUCGGGAAAGCAGGAGCUCCGGGGCUGCAGGGGCAACCGGGGCCAAAGGGCGAGCCUGGCAUGAAGGGGCCACCAGGAAUCCCUGGGAUCCCAGGGCCCAAAGGGGAGAAGGGGGUCGGCAUCCCGGGUUUGCCGGGUCUGAAGGGUCCACCCGGGCUGCCUGGUCCCCCCGGCCCCGUGGGGCUGCCGGGGGUCGGCAAACCAGGCAUGGUUGGCUUCCCCGGCCCGCAGGGACCCCUGGGCAAACCCGGACCCCCGGGAGAGUUAGGGCUGCAGGGGCCUCCAGGGGCCCCAGGGAUCCAGGGCCCUCCCGGCCCGCCCGGCAUCGGCAAACCAGGCCAGGACGGCAUGCCUGGCCAGCCCGGCUUCCCGGGCGGCAAAGGGGAGCAGGGGCUGCCGGGCCUGCCGGGCCCCCCCGGCCUCCCCGGGGUUGGGAAGCCGGGCUUCCCCGGGCCCAAAGGGGAGCGAGGUGUGGGUGGUCUGCCUGGCCCCAUGGGCCCGAAGGGGGAGAAGGGGCACGCGGGGCCGCCUGGCAUGGGAGGGCCACCGGGAGAGCCCGGCCAGCCGGGGCUGCCGGGCAUCAUGGGCCCCCCGGGGGCCGCCGGCUUCCCAGGACCUAAAGGGGAGGGGGGUGCCGUAGGGCCACCGGGACCAGUCGGCCCCAAGGGAGAGCCCGGCCUGCAGGGUUUUCCAGGAAAGCCAGGCUUUCCUGGGGAAGUGGGUGGCCCUGGGCUGCGGGGGCUGCCGGGCCCCACAGGACCCAAGGGGGAAGCCGGACACAAAGGCUUGCCGGGGCUGCCGGGUGUCCCAGGGCUCGUGGGGCCGAAGGGCGAGCCCGGGCUCCCCGGUGCCCAGGGGCUACAGGGCCCCUCGGGCAUCCCGGGCAUCGCGGGACCCAGCGGUCCCAUCGGCCCCCCCGGGCUGCCAGGGGCCAAGGGCGAGCCGGGCAUGCCCGGCCCCCCCGGCUUCCCUGGGGUAGGCAAACCCGGUGCUGCGGGGCUGCAGGGACCCCCGGGAAAGCCUGGGGCGCUCGGUCCCCCCGGCCAGCCGGGGCUCCAGGGGCCGCCGGGCCCGCCCGGGCCCCCAGGGCCCCCGGUCAUCAUCCCGCCCACCCCGCCAACCGCGGGACAGUACCUGCCGGAGGCGGGGCCGGGCAUAGACGGCGUCAAGCCCCCCUACGGCUACAAGGGCAAGAAAGGCAAGGCCGGCGGCGUCGUCUACGAGAUGCCCGCGUUCACGGCAGAGCUCCUCACGCCCUUCCCCCGCGUCGGGGUGCCCGUCAAGUUCGACAAGCUCCUGUACAACGGCCGGCAGAACUACAACCCCCAGACGGGCAUCUUCACCUGCGAGAUCCCCGGCGUCUACUACUUCGCCUACCACGUGCACUGCAAAGGCGCCAACGUGUGGGUGGCGCUGUACAAGAACAACGAGCCGCUCAUGUACACCUACGACGAGUACAAGAAGGGCUUCCUGGACCAGGCUUCGGGCAGCGCCGUGGUGCAGCUGACGCACGGAGACAAGGUUUACGUUCAGAUGCCAUCCGAGCAGGCGGCAGGACUCUAUGCCGGGCAGUACGUUCAUUCGUCUUUUUCAGGGUAUUUAUUGUAUCCCAUGUAAAACAAAACAGACACACACAACACACACACAAAACACCAAAACCUUUCUCCUCUGCUUCAAACUUUUAUACCACAAAAGAUGCAUUUUAUGACCAUUUUGGACCAUCUUGUACAAAAACAAAAAAAUAAAUACAAACUUUAACAUUAUGCACAGCUAGUUAUAAAAAAAAGGUGUGGUGAUCAUAUCUAAAGAUGCAUAUCAGGUUCAUAAACAGUUGUUUUGCACCCAAGGGGGACAUAUUAGCUGUACAUUAUAUAUUUCUGCAAUGCCAUGCUUACUUAAUUUCAUUCACAGUAAUUCAGUACUAAAGUUCAAAUCAGUGUAUGUCACUCACUCCUGUUGCAUUGAUCAUAGUUAUGAGAUGAAAAACAGUGACUUAAACCAGAGUAGGUCAGUCUCUAAUUAUAUUAAAGAAUUUGAGUGGCUUAAUUGUCUGGGUGGGGGUUUUCUUGGGUUUUUGACAGCAGGUCUGCCUGACAAGCCAAGGUUCUCUUAGCUGGAGACUUUUAUUUCCCUUCUCCUGUAAUAAAAUAAUCCUGCAGGUGUGGUUUUUUUCCUGAACAAUUUAUGAUGGAAGAGGAAUUCUGAUGGCAUGACCAUUCCCCCCUGAGCCUUCUCCAGCAGUCAUUGCACCUAAAAGGUCACCACUGACUCCAGCAGGGACUGGUUUCAUCUCCAAAUGCCACAGCACUUGAAAAGUCUCCAUUUUCUAUUCACACAGCUCAAGUGGAUGAGGUAAAUCUCCCUCAUUUACUUGUGUCACAUCAUUGAGACAUGGCAAUACUUCAGGGUGGCAUAAAUUUGCUUGGAUUUCUGUGCUUGUACAAAAAACCCAUUUGGCUUGUCACAAGACACCUAUUCUGCCACUCAGCAAAUGCUGAAUCAGUUUGCUCUUCAAUGACUAGGGAAAGCAGAAGUAGCUCUGUCUGCUUAACUGAUUUGUUGCUUGAGAUCAACCAGUAACUUUACCGGCAAUACUGAUCACGCAGAUUUAUCCGAGAACUUGGUUCUAUCUAAUAAGCUGAUUUCCAAUCCUUAUUUAUAUGUUACCAGUUGUCAAGGAGAACCUGCAGGCCUCAAUACUUUUCUGUACUUGAGGACAGCGACUUCUGUGCAGGAAGUCUCUGUCUGCUCAUCAAUGGUGCUAAUCUCACCUCAACAAGUGUUCUGUUUCCAAAGGGCAGUAGACCUUGCUGUGGUUCCCUGUACAGUGCUGCACAUCACACACUGCUGCGCUAGUUCAGAGUUAAGUGCUCAUCACUUCUCAAUGUCUUUAGCUACCGCUACUGCUUUUGAUUCAAAAAUGAACUAGAUUUUUUCAUGCAGAACUAAGAUUGGAUUUAACUGGCAUUACCAUUAUUUAAAUGCAGAGUUUAAUGCAGUCUAACAUUGACUAAGGACUCCAGUGAUAUAAUGUGGUGCUUUAUCUCAGAAAUUUUAUGGAACGGUGGCAGGAAUGGACGGACAGUUUACCAGACACUGGUGACUUCAGUAUGUUCCCAGAAUAUAUGAGAUAUGUCAAAAGCAAAUAAUUUUGUAUUUAAAAUUUUUGUACUGAUUUGAAAAAAAUAUCUUAUUAAAUAUCUUUAAAAAUAAAGCUGAAAACCAAUUCUUUCUUCAUUCAGAACUAUCAGAAGGAACAUUCAUCCUGCUGAAUUAAUUUAUCAGACCACAAGGGCUUU